CUGAAGACUACAAGACAAAAACAAACAACAAUAGAUCGAAAAUCUGCACUGAAAAUUACAAGACAAAAAUGACUGGUAUUAAAUUUCUUGCUCUUUUGUUCAUUUCUCUAUUCUAUUAUACAAGCUCGGCGCCAACGAACGUAAGAUCCGAAGAUCAUCCGAAGCAGCUUCAAUCAGUGAAGUCAACUGUAUCAUCCGAUAUCAACUCAAUGGACCACGCACGUGGUUACGUGGUAGGAAGGAAUUACAAGGAUGCAGUGACAAUGGACGACUUAAAAAGGAAGCUGUCUGUGAUUUACAUCAGAGCCGAAAAUGUUUGCUAUUUGUCUCGACUAGAAACAACACCAACUCUUAAAUCAAAAGUGGUCAGCUCUUCAGCAUCAAAAACCAUAACUAUCUGGACCGUUCAAAACACGUUUAAUCUUCGAUCUGUUCUAAGUAAGAAAAUGGCCAAUCUGUGCUCUCGUAGUGCAAUAUACUGGGUUAACAAAACUGCAGAGACCACCACACAACUGCUUGAUACUGGAAACAAGCGAAGCCGACGAUCACAAGAUUGUGGCUCCAAAAUUUGCAAGAAGCGCACAGGAUUUUUCGAAGUCAAUGGCGUUCGACAGUGGGUGAACAACCAGCUGAUCUGCAUAACAAUAACUAAUUGCUGAGAAUGAGAUAAAUGACAAAUGUCAUAGACUGUAUCAGUCUAUUGCUGUAUAUUACAAUUACGUUUUCUAUGAAAAUAUCAAAACAGCUCUUUUAUGACUUUUAUAGAAAUAAAAGGAAUGUAUAUGUAACAUAUAUAUGAAAGUCACRACAGCAAUUGUGUAAAAAAAACUAAUCAAAUUUGAACGUCAUAAAUAAACUGAAUGACUACGCUAA